UUUGUGAAUGGUCCAGUGUUUUCUGGGACACAUGACAGGUCCCAGAAGGCGCCGGGCCAUUCACAAAGCGCAGCGCUUUUCGCGCAUGCGCAGUGGGCACCCGGCUGUCACAGAAGCCGGCGCGGGAAGAAGAGGGAACGACAACUCCGCAGAAGUGGGAGCGGGUACCUGUCAAAUUCAGUCUCAGGUCAUCUGUACUGUGUCCCUGGUAUUUUCCCUGUACUAUGUCCGCAGUCUCUGGUCAUCUCCUGUGCUGUGUCCGCAGUCUCUGGUCAUCUCCUGUACUGUGUCCGCAGUCUCUGGUCAU